AUGUCAUCUAAAGAAAUAAAAAUUAGCAACAAACUUAAAAGACAAGAAUUGUUUGCUGAGAUAAAACAUCAAAAAAAUAAAGAGCGUCAUGUUAUGAGAAGUCAAAGGGCCAAAGAGGAAAGAGAAAAUCCAGAAUUAAAAGAAAAAAGAUUGAAAGAGAAUGUACCAAAUACAAUUGAUUCUAUGAGAACUUAUGAUGAAACUAUUAAUCAAGAAAUUGAAGGGGAUGAAGAUGAUUUAAUGAAAUAUUUUAAUGAUAGUAAGGAACCUCCAAAGAUUCUCUUAACUACAAAUGUUAAUGCUAGAAAAAUUGCUUAUGAAUUUGCCAAUGUCUUAAUUGAAAUUUUACCAAAUGUGACUUUUGUUAAGAGGAAAUUUGGUUUCACUAUGAAAGAAAUUUCAGAUAUUGCUAAUAAAAGACAUUUUACUGACAUUGUUAUCAUUAAUGAAGAUAAGAAAAAAGUUACUGGUUUAACUUUCAUGCAUUUACCUGAAGGUCCAAGUUUCUAUUUCAAAGUUAGUUCUUAUGUUGAGGUUAAAAAAAUUGUUGGCCAUGGUAGACCAACUAGCCAUGUUCCAGAGUUAAUUCUGAAUAACUUCCAAACACGAUUAGGUAAGACUGUUGGUAGACUAUUUCAAUCUAUUUUCCCACAAAAUCCUGAUUUUGAAGGGAGACAAGUAAUCACAUUGCAUAACCAGAGAGAUUAUAUCUUCUUUAGAAGACAUCGUUAUUUAUUUAAGAAUGAGGAAAAGGUUGGAUUACAAGAGUUGGGCCCUCAAUUUACUCUAAAACUAAGAAGAUUACAGAGAGGUAUCAAGGAAGAAACUGAAUGGGAACAUAAGCCUGAAAUGGACAAAGAAAAGAAGAAAUUCUAUUUAUAA